AUGAGGCUGCUUAACUACUUGCGCAGGAAAGAAUUCAGGGACUACAUAACCAGUACCCACUUCUGGGGUCCUAUAGCAAAUUGGGGUUUGCCGUUAGCGGCUAUUGGGGAUUUAAAGAAUAACCCAGAAAAAAUCAGUGGUAAAAUGACAACAGCCCUUAUGUUUUACUCUCUUGCUUUUAUGAGGUUCGCAUACCUUGUCCAACCUCGAAAUAUGCUCCUAUUCGCUUGCCAUUUUGCUAACGAAACUGCCCAAUCUUGUCAGUUUGUUCGUUAUUGCGACUACUGGUAA